GGAUUGUAAAGAUGGCGGCGCCCUGUGAGCUGUUCUGCUGGAAGUCUGGUUUGGGUUUACCGUCAGUAAACACGGACUGUCUGAUCGUGUUGGCAUAUGCUCGCUUUGCUGGAGCUCCGCUCAAAAUUCAUAAAAUUUCCAACCCCUGGAGGAGCCCCACAGGUUCACUUCCAGCUCUCAGAACCAGAGAGGAAGGCAGCUGCUCCCAACCCAGUCAGAUCAUCAUUCAGUUGAGGAAACAGAAAUACAAUGCAGACUAUGAUCUGUCGGCCAAAGAGGGUGCAGACACGCUGGCCUUCAUCUCGCUGUUGGAGAAGCGACUGUUACCCGCACUGAUCUACACUUUAUGGAUAGAUCCUAAGAACUACGUGGAGGUGACACGCCGAUGGCACGCAGAGAAUUUCUGCUUCCCGCUCAACUUCUUUCUGCCGGGUCACAUGCAGAACAGGCAACUGGAGCGACUCCGUCUGAUUCGAGGAAACACUGCGCUGGAGGCGGGAGAGGAGGCAGAGAAGGAGCUUUACUGUGAUGCUCUGGAGUGCCUGAAUCUUCUCUCUCAACGCCUGGGAUCAAACAAAUUUUUCUUUGGAGAUUCCCCCUCUUCACUGGAUGCAUAUGUGUUUGGUCAUCUAGCUCCACUUAUUAAGAUUCGGCUGCCCAACUGUCGCUUGCAACAGCACUUGAAGAAUCUAGAAAACUUGAACACAUUUUGUUCAAACAUCCUGAGCCUCUACUUCCCCAGUGAGGACAGAGAGGAUGUUGGUUGUCCGGUACCCAGCACACAGCAGGGGAGUGACUUUGGCAAUGAGCCGUACAAGAGACGCAAGCAGCUGCUGUCAGUGCUGGUUGCUGUGGCAGCGAUGUUGAGUUACGCUCUCCUCACCGGAAUAGUUGCUAUCAAGCAUGUGCAGGAGGAGGGGCCUGGAGGCCCUGCCUCACUCAGAGGCCCCGCCCAUGAGGAAGAAGAAGAAGAGUGAAUGAAAGUAGGGCUUACUUUUAGUUGCGCUAGGAUGGUCACUUCUACAUUUGAGGAACAUCAUAAAGGAAACAUAUAUUGAUGGAGAUUUAUGUAUUAUUUAUUCCUUAUCUUGAGCUUUAAUUGCAUGGUAAUCUUUGGUCUUAUAUUUUUGUUAGACUUUUUUCACUUUGUAUUGAGCAGUAUAUGUUGCAUUCGUGGGUCAAUACAUUUUUCUGCCAAAGAUAUUAAAGCAUAAUUGUUAAUAGCUACUUUUAAAGCUACAUUAAGCUAUGGCAAGUUGUGAAAGCACUUAAAACAGAGCAAUGAAAUUUAAGGUUUCUUUAUUUGUCAUCCCCAACUGAGGGAUUGCCUCAGCUUUCUUUGUGUGGACCAAAACAUGUAUGACAACGGAGAGAUUUAAACACAUUUAAUAGUGUGAUGGUCUCUUAUAAUGAGAAUGACUGACUGAAAUGUGUUCUGUUAUUGCCUUAUUAGUUGUGAACAUCAAGGGAUUAUUUUCUGCUGUUUUAACGCACAUUUUAUUAGCUACUUUCAUAAAUCACUAUUAGUACCAGUCUACUGUUAUACUGCUGUUAUCGAGAGAGGGAGACUCAAAUCUGAUGGAUCCUAUUGAGUGAAAUAGGAAAUGACCAAUAUUUAAUCAAGUUAGAGUCUUAAAGUUCACCCAAAAUGGAAAGUUCUUUAUCAUUAACUCACCAGCAUGGCGUUCCAAACCCAUAUGAGUUUCUUCCUUUUUCCUUGUGGAACACAAAAGGAGAUGUUAUUUUCCACACAGCCAUUCUUAAUGUUUUACACCCUCAUGUUUCAGGACAAAAACCAAUUCAGCCGUAACAUUUAUAUACUGAAAUAAGUAUAUCGAUGCACUCUUGUCUGUUUUAGUUCAGAAUAAAGUCUUCUACAAAGACUCAAGAAAACAACUCUUCAGACUGGUCAGCCAGUUCAGUUCAUCUUAUCUAUUGUCGUGUGCUGUAAAUAUAUAUUGCUUAUUGGUUUCUAUUUUCAUAAUUGAAGGGGCAAAUAAACAGUCCUUAAUAAUA